AUGGUUCGACACAAGAAAGACAACAUGGGCCGGAAGGGCAAGCGGGGUGAGUACCGGCGCCCAGUGGUCAGAGACGGGGCAGACGAGCAGGGAAAUCGACCGAGAGCACCCUUUCAAGCGGCCUGCUGGGAUCUAGGGCACUGUGACCCGAAGAAAUGCUCUGGCAAAAGGCUGAUGCAGCUUGGAUACAUGCGGGACUUGGGCAUCGGGCACAAGUUUCCUGGCGUUGUCAUCUCACCGAAUGCGAAGCAGACUAUUUCUCCUGCAGACAGGCCGUUGCUAGAGCAGUAUGGCGCUGCAGUGGUGGAAUGCUCUUGGGUGCGAGUGAGCGAGGUGCCAUGGUCAAAGAUAGGAGGGAAAACGGAAAGACUACUACCCUACCUUGUUGCCGCAAACACGGUCAACUACGGCAAGCCAUGGCGGCUAAACUGUGUGGAGGCACUGGCAGCCACUUUUAUGAUAUGUGGCCACGAAGACUGGGCCGAGGAGGUACUGCAGCAUUUCCGAUACGGCAAGUCGUUCCUAGAAAUCAAUUCGCAGAUAUUCAAGCGGUACGCUGCUUGUGAGACGGAGGCGGAUAUCAAGCUUGCAGAGGAGAAGUGGCUGGCGAAGAUCGAGAAGGAGUACGCGGAGAGCCGAGAGGAGAAGGGAGCAGAUGACAUGUGGACUACGGGGAACACGAAUCGGAAUGCCUAUGUCUCGGACUCUGAGGACGAGGACGAGGAUGAGGGCGAGGGCGAGGGUGAGGACGAGGAUGAAGACGUUCCGCAAAAUGCACUUCAGAGGGAUAACCCGUUCCCAGAGUCCGAGGAAGAAGACGACGACGAAGAGGAGAUGGCCGAGAUCCGCCGGAAGAUCCUGAUGUCGAAGCCGUUUGCUCCAGAGAACGAUGCUGAGAGACCAGCACCCGUCCUCAAGCCUGUCCCUGUCCCCGUCCCGUCCAAUGACAACAACGGCAACGAAGACGAGGACGAGGACAGCGGCAACGAGAGCGACGCUGCCUUUGACCGCAUCCUCAACGCGACCACCUCGACAGACCGUACGGGCAUCAAGGCCAUCCAGCGUGAGAAGCAGCGACAGGCAGGCAGGGCUUAA